AAAAACAUCUACUGAUUGUUUUUACUCCGCUGUCAUGCUUUAAAUCUUUAAUGAGUCUCGUAAAACAGUAAGAGUCCUGUUAGCUUCGCUCCGCUUGUCACAGCCAGAAGCAACAACAUAGAAGACUUCCGCGGGCGGUAGUGUUUUGGUGGCGGACCUCAGACGCUUCAUCUGACACAUGUGAGCGAUGGCUUCACCCACCCAGGAGUCGAACCUGAUCGGUGUGGCUGAUGGAGAGCUCGACCCAAAGAGGUACCAGUCCUCCUUUUUGAUCAACAAAGUGGGGGGGCAGCCGGACUGGUUACCGGUUAUCUCCCGGCAAUCUCCCCGCUGCGGUCGCUGCGGAGCCCCGUUAGCCCAUGUGGCGCAGGUGUAUUGCCCCCUGGAUGCCUCCCCCUACCACAGGAACCUCCACCUGUUAGCGUGCCUGGGUGCAGAGUGCAGCGGCAGGUCGGAGGGUUGGAGGGUGCUCCGCUCUCAGUGUCUGGAGACCGAGGUGGCGGCAGCGCAGACACCCAGCCGACCCGCCCCGCCUCAGGAGGCUCCUCUCUCGGCCACUGACUGGUGUGACACCGCUGAUGACUGGGGCAUGGGGGAGGAGGAGGAGGGGGGUGAUGGGUGGGGAGGAGGUGUGAAGAAGGACACCCAGGUAAAUGAGGAGGCAGCAGCUCCUGAGGCAGAAGCAGGCCGUCCUGUCCCCAGUGAGAUGGAUGUCAGCAGCAGACUUCAGGACCUCACUUUGGGAGACUCACAUGAGGACGUUCCCGUCUUCCGGCCGUUCUUCAUCAGCGUGGUGGAGGAGUCGGACCUGUGUGGAGAGGAGGACGACCUGGAGCACGCUCAGGAGCUGCUGAGGGAGUACGAGAGCAGGGAGGGUGCGGUGGGGGUGAGGGUGGGAGAGGUGGAAGGCGGCGAGGAGAAGUACGAGAAGACCAGCGCCAGACACGGAGACGCCGUCUUCUCCAGGUUCAUGAAGAAGAUCUCGCUGUGUCCACAACAGAUCCUGCGCUACUGCCACAAGGGGAACCCGCGCUUCAUCUCCGAGCCGCCGUCCAACAUGGCUCAGGUGGUGUCGGCGUGCGGCUCCUGUGGAGGACCCCGGACUUUUGAGCUGCAGCUGAUGCCGGCUCUGGUCAGUCUGCUGCAGAGGAAGGACGGCGGCGCCGAGGCGGAGCUGGAGUUUGGGACGGUCCUGGUUUACACCUGCGCAAAGAGCUGCUGGACGGCGGGAUCAGGAUCAGCUGUGGAGGAGUUCUGCUUCGUUCAGGGAGACCCGGACCAGCAGCUCUUUAAAUGACUGAGGUGACCUGCACCUGAACGUCUCAUCUCUACUGACUUCCAGUGGUUUAACAUCUCACCUCACUGCAGUGAUGUCGGAGUGUACUCCAGGACACUGUGACAUCAUCGUGGUUACAGACCUGAAACUUUAAACCAAAAACAUGCUGCAAAACACUUCAGUCUGAUAUCAGGUUCAUAUUAAAGCUGACAGAGUUUACAGAAAAACUGUAGACAAAGAUUUCAGCUUCAGAUUCAACACUGAAUCUCAGGUUCAGUAGAAGGUGGAGUGUCUGCUGCUGGAAAAUAGAUUAAAGGUUCAUCAGGCUCAUUUUGUUCAGUCAGAUCUGAUUAAUCUGGUUUUCAGCCGCUCUUCAGUCCUCCUCAGAAAAUGCUGUCGCCAACACUGAGAAGAGUUGUGAUUUUAUAUUCUGAUUGUCAGUAUUUACAGACUCAAAUCUAAGGUUGGAAAUGACUUUCACAGAAAACAGAACUUAACAGUUGAAUAAAUAAAAUGUGAAGAAUCCAGAUCAGACAUUUUAGAGACUCUCUCUUUGGUGAUUGGUGGCGUCAGUAUUUUUAAAGUCCUGGCUUCGACCCGCUUCUUAUAGGAGGACAGUUAAAAACGAGCAGCUGAUUAGAUUCCAGAGAGACAUAACGUCAUCUUUAAACACUAAAUUCAAAUGUUGGUUCUGCAGAUGAUCCUGGUUCAUUCAUGGUGUGAGGAUUUACCCUUUAAUAACCUUCUCAGCUUCUUUCAUUUGUUCCUGCUGCUCAGAAGUUUUCCCUGCUCUGACCUUUGACCUCCCUGCAAUGAAACGUCAUGAACUGAAUGUCACACGAGUGCCUCAAAUGUAAUGCAGCAUUUCCACCAGUAGGAAAUGUCGGUUUUCACAGAAUAAAUUAUUUUACGACUCAC